CCUCCGCCAGGCUCCUGCUUUGUCUGAACGACGCCGGGUCACGCUCGAGACUCCCCCCGCGCCCGCCCGCCCGGCACGACCCCUCUCCCCGUCCCCGCGCGGGAUGACAGAUCGCUUCCUAGGUCCGCCGGCUGCCUCAUGGUUUCUCUCUCUCGCGUCCAGGCACUCUGCUGCUCUCCAUCCCAUCCCGCAGCCCGGAGGCGUCGCCUCGCCUUCGUUCCCCGGGAUCUAGGGCGGACCGAGUUGUAAGCCAUGACGUCCCCUCUCUCCUCCCUGGGAAAGCAUCGCAGAGUCCCGCUGCAGCUCCAGAGUCCGGGGGCUGUUACCUCUAAGCCAGAUCACACAACAGAUCAUUCAGCUGCCUGCUCUGUUUGUACGAGAUCCCCUCUUUAUUCUUGCAGGAAAAAACCUGAGCCAGCUAAACAGAGUGCCUGCAGUGAGGAUGAAGCCGCAUUGCUGAAUGACAUCCUGCCUCCUAGGACAAAUGAUGCCUUGCCAAGUGAAUCCCCUUCCUGUUCAAAGGGAAGAGCAAAAGCGAGCAAAAGUGGGGAAGCUCCUACUGACAUGGAACUCAUGUCCACCAUGAUGCAGAAAAUUAUUAAGUUGGAACAAAAAGUUAGGAGCCAAGCCCAAGAACUCCAGCUGAAGGACAGGAAGAUUGCUGAUCUCCAGGGGAAGGUGAAGGUCCUUCAAAAAGGGAAAGAGGACUCCCCUGAGCCAAGCCAAGUAGAGAAGCUGGAGGUGAUGUGCCUUCAGCUGCAGCGUCAAGUCUGGGAAAUGGAGCGAUUUUUGAAUGACUACGGAUUGAUCUGGGUUGGAGAGAAGAACGAGGAGCUGGAAGAUUUGGAAUCAUCAGGGAAGGAGGCCAGUUGGCCAUCGAGGGUUUUCUGGAAGCCAGGCGACUCGACUGCCCCAAAACCCCCGAUUGAUUUUGAUCUAAUUUUGGAAAACCUGAAGGAUUUAAAUGUGCUGGCAGGGGAGGGCGUGUCUCAGAUCCAGCACACGGCGGGAGGCGCCAGACUGAGGGAGCCCGAAUCGGUGUCUCUCACUUUCUAUAAGAACGGGAUAGUGAUGUUCAAUGGACCCUUCCGGUCAUACGAGGAGCCAUCCACACAGCAAUGCCUGCGGGAUAUCCUGGAUGGCUACUUCCCCUCCGAGUUACAGGCACGCUACCCGGCUGGCGUGCCAUUCCAGGUCACCGACAAAAGAGACAUUUUAUUCCGGGAUAGACAGCUUCCAGAGAGCUUCCCUGGCCAGGGCCAGAGAGUUGGGCAUGCAAAGCCAAGUGAAGUCCAGGAGACCAGUGAGAUCCCAGGUCCCAAGCUCUCGCUGGAACAGUUCCUGAACAAACUUCCCAGGUCCGUGAUCCGGGAUGGACACGUGAUUGAUGUGCGAGGGUCCAUCAAAGCAACACUGCAGGGGUCUGAGGGGUCAUGUGCCAGCGACGUGAUCCUGGUGGAAACGCCUGCUCUCACAGCAGCGAAGGAGAGGCUGAAGGCAGAGGACCCAGACCAGCCUCCUGUGUCCAGCAUCUGUACGCUCCGGGUCAGGUCGGAGAGCGGGGAGCAGUCGUACCUUGUAAAGAUGCUGUUCACAGAGACCAUUGGAGAUCUGCGCCGGCACCUCGCUCAGAGCCGGCACGGCAGCUCCAGCUCGUACGAGAUCGUCAGCACCUUUCCCCCACGGGUGUACACAGAUGACGCCCUCACCCUGCAGCAGUGCGGCCUCACCCCUGCCGCCUCGCUCCUGCUGCGGGAAAGCAGCCCAGGUGGCCAGGCAAGACAGGGCUGCAGCUAGGCGAGCCCAACCAGGCUGCACUGCCAAGCGCUGUGCUGUCCUCCCCACCCCGCUCCCUUCUCCAGCCGGGCUCGGCUGGCUUUGGCAAGAGGAAGGAGCAGCCUUGUACCACGGGCUAAGUGGCUGCCUCUCCCUGCGCAGGUGGGAAGGCUGGGCUGUCCUACCUUGGGUUCACUGCUGAGCUACUUCCUGGAAGGGAGGCUGGGUUGUGGGGAGAGACCUCCAGGGGCACAGCCCUGCUGAGAGACCUGGGACAAACCCACGCACUGCCAGCCUAAGCUCACCCUUUGGUACACGAGUGCCUGUCCCAGCCAGCCCGGUACCCGGUGGGAUUCAGAUCUGCGUGUCGUCCAGGUACAGCUCUGGUUCCUCGUCACCUCUGCUGCGGGUCACACGAGCUGUUCACCUUCAGACGAUGCCAUGGCACGGACCCCUGCCUGCUGCUGCCUGCGUCAGGGCCCUGCUGGGCCCAUCGCAGCCCUCUCAGUGGCAAACAUUUGCCUAGUGAGCAGGAGUGAAAUGCUGCAAGGCCAGCCUCUGUCUCCCACCAGUGCCUGAAAUGCUUUGUUCUGGGGUCAGCGGAGUUAAAGCCGGACUGAGCCAAAGCAAGCCGGACUGAGCCAAAGCAAGCCAGCCCUGAGCCAAACCCAGCCCCCUCCAGCUACAAGGGCCCAGAGCUGUGUUUCCUGUACACGAGCCCUUCCUUCCUUCCUAUAUGGGGCCUAUUAAAGUCACCGCAGUUACCAGGCUGCAGGGCUGAGCCAGGUGCUCACAGCCCCGAGCACUAUCCCCAGCCUCAGGAACCUGGUGACCCAAAACCCUUUCAAUGCAGGCCUGAGCCAGAGCGACGAGCCAGUCCCUGCACCUACUGGCCCAUCAGUCUGCACCACGUGCGAGAUCCAGCUCCCCUGCACCUUCCCCAUGCAGAGCCAUCUCGCCCCCCACGGCAAUCCCAGCCCCACACACCUCUUCCCUGGCCACAUCCCGUGUCCUGCUCCUGCAUGCUGCGCUCUGCACCCCACGCGGCAGUGCCCCUUGUCCUGCACUCGCUCUAGCACGCCGCACCCUCUGAUCUCAGCCACUUUGGAAAGGCUUCCUGUCCAUUAACUUUCACCCAGCACUUAGGGACAUGGUGCCAAGUCGGGCAGCCUCAGGCAGCUUCUCCAAGCCACUCAGCACAGCUGGCUGAGAGCCUGGGAGGUGGCCAGCAGCCUGGGCUUGCAGCUAGCUAGGGAAGAGCAAAGAACCGUCCCAGCUCUGCCCGCAACGAGGACAGGAAAGUAGAUGACACACCUCCUCCAGCUUAGGCCACAACACAAGCCCCCUCCACCUUGCAGGGUGAUAAAAGGGAUCCCAAGGUGGUUUUUGCUCACGUCAUGUCCCUGCCAUCAUGACCGUUAAGGGCCGCACGCAUUUGAGAGGGGUCAAACAGCCUCCCUGGGAGCUGCCAAUGGAUCCCAGCUCUUAAGACCCGCACUGGACACCUGCCGACAGCAGCGAGCGGAAGCAUCAAGGUCUCCGUGCCAGGCUGCCGCAGUGAGCUGGGAGCGACUCAGAAUUGCUAAGCAGGGCGAUGUCGAACCUCGAGCCAAAAUAAAGAGACCCUGGACAGGCCGGCCGGGAGCCGCAGGAAA